GAAGCUUGCGUGUCUUUUUGCCGGAAGCUUCCAAACAUUCACAACACAGCAGAGAUGGCAGAUGUACACGUACGAAUAUGUGAGCAAGAAAUUAUUAAGUAUGAUUUGGAGAUAAAAGCUCUGAUUCAGGAUAUCAGUGAAUGCACAGGGCCACAGAGUGAGCUGACAGAGCUGAACUGCAAAGUGAAGGACAGGUUCAGUCGUCUCCGGCAGCGGAUCCAGGUGAGAUACAAAGGCACUGCUUCAGGGAAAAUGGGAUUCUCUUCUCAAUUUAUGGGCCCAUUUUUACAACACUUGUCUCAACAGGAUCUGGAGCAAAUGGGGAGGGAACAGGAUAAAGAAUCUGACAAGCUGGCCUUACUCAAAGAGGUGGAGGCCCAUCGCAAACAGAUGCUUAGUAAUCAGACGGCAUGGAGGAAGGCCAAUCUGGCCAGUAACCUGGCCAUUGAUAAGCUGGAGAAAGAAGAAUUGCUGGAUGAUGGGGGCACUACAGCGAGACAGAGAAAGCUGACCAAAGAGAGCCUGGCUCAGACGUCCAGUGAUAUCACAGAGAGCCUGAUGAGCAUCAGCAGGAUGAUGUCCCAACAGGUGCAGCAAAGUGAGGAGACAAUAAGCACUCUGGCCACGUCUUCAAGAACGGUUCUGGAAACCAACGAAGAGUUUAAGACCAUGACUGGGACCAUUCAGCUGGGCAGAAAACUCAUCACCAAAUACAACCGACGAGAACUUACAGACAAGCUGCUCAUCUUCCUAGCACUGGCACUCUUUCUGGCCACUGUCCUGUACAUUCUGAAGAAAAGACUUUUCCCUUUCCUCUGACCAAACUGACAUAAACGCUGAUCAGGAACAUUAGCUGAGAUCUGACGGCGAUCUGUGAAUUGCUGGAUCAGUUUCAACACUAUGUUAUGACUUUCCAGGCACAGAUUAAACUAAAACUGUACUGAAUUUCCUUGUCAAUGGAUGGUCGCCAUUAAAAGUCUUUGUCUAGGCCUAGCCUUAAUCUGUAUCUGUGGAAAGCACUGGUGCAGUGUUUAAUGAUGGAAAUGCACUUUAAACUGAAGUGCAAAGUAGCUGACUGCAGACUUAGAAUAAUUUGUAACAUAAUCUGCCAAGAACUGAUUACCUUGCUGUUGUAAAAGCCACAAUAUCCGCACAUCUAUGACCGCCUCACAUCAACUGAAUAUUUGCAUACAUAUACAUAUUUAUAAUUGUAUAUUACUGUGCCACAGCACGUAAAACCCUUGGGCAGUUAAAGGAAUAAUCUUUGAUUCUCAUGCUGCCUGCAUGGACCACCGGGUCUGUUGAUAAAAUAGGAAGCCGUUUCUGUUUAAAUUGAGGGGCUGGCAACUUAUGUUCUUACCUAGAACUAUGCUGGUCAGCUAGCUAACAGGCUAAAAUAUAGCAAACAUGCUAAACAACUCCAUCAUUAAUAUCACAGGCUUGAAUUAAACUACUUACGGUAUGAAUAACUGUAAAAUGGUAGUAUGAAAGUCUAAAGAAUGUCACUUGAGUGUUUUACACACUUCAAAUGUCCGUGUUUCAGUCAGAAGUCGCGUCAAACCCAGGCUGAAUCCCAAACGGCUCUGUACUCCCUAAAUAGCGUACUAGCUAUGAAAGUUUGGAAAUUCUAGCCUCUACAGCCAAAUAUUGUAUCAUUUAUCGAGUAUGAAUGUGUCUGAAUCCCACAUGGCUAUUUUUAACUAUGUUUUGCUCUGUUGGGCUGCAUUAAACAGUGCUGUGUUAUCUUAUGUUCAUUGUUAUACAAUAAAAACUUAAAUCAUGAAAAAAAAAUUGUGAAAUGACCGCAACAUACAGCGAUGGGCGACCAAACGUUCUUCUCCUAAUCCAGCCAUGGUUGUUUAACAACAAUACCGUACUCUAAAGGAAUUACAUUUCUUGGCAGAAUACUUGUUUAUGUCGAUUAUUAUUAAUAAUAACUCAUUAUUUAGUUAUUAUUAUUCAGUAUUUUAUAAAAUCGCAGUAACCCACAGGCUCUCGUGGCUUAUUGUUUUAUUAUUCCAUUCUAAAGAGGCAGCAGCUGAUGUUUAAUCAUCACCUGUCUUUUUAUAAUCUGUUAUGUGCAGAGCAAUAGUUAUUGUUACGUCAAAAGGUUAUGGUUAAUCAGAGUGUAUGUUUGGCAGAACCGUUCCUAAAGAGCACAGUUUCAGAAUGAGAAUUUCAUGUUUUUGUUUUAUUUAUGUCAGCUAAAGAUCUUAUUAAUGAAAUCAGAUGUUUGUUUUGUUGAAGAGGUCUGAAAGUUUUCAAGGUGUGUAUCAUCGCUACAUAAAAAAACA